AGAAAGAAAGAAGAAGAAAUUAAGAAAGAUGGCGGAGAGGGCUGCGAGCCGGGGCAGGCAGGGGAACAGCCGGAAGUGCUGCCCGCUUCGGCGUUCGCGCAAGGGUUGCAUGAAGGGCAAGGGUGGCCCGGAGAACCAGCGCUGCCCCUUCCGCGGCGUCCGCCAGCGCACCUGGGGCAAGUGGGUCGCCGAGAUCCGCGAGCCCAACCGCGGCGCCCGCCUCUGGCUCGGCACCUUCUCCACCGCGCUCGACGCCGCACGCGCCUACGACUCCGCCGCCAAGGCCCUCUACGGAGACUGCGCACGACUCAACCUCGCCGGCGGCACCAACAACCCCGUCCUCGCUCCUCCGGCGACUGCUGCUGCUACCUCGUCCGAGACCCAGUCGUACAGCUCCAACUCCUCCUCCGGCGCCAACUCCGACUACUACUACUACUACAACGAGUACCUCAACGGCAACAACGGCGGAGGCGCCUGGAUCAGCUCGGCGGCGCCGCCCGCGGUGGAGGACGAGGACUUCGACACCUACGUCAGGAGGCUGCCCAAGGCCGAGGACUUUGGCCUCCAGGCAUUCCUGCAGAACAUGCCCUUUGACGUGCUCGCCGAAGCAUCCGGGACUGCUGCUGGGGCCGGCAUCUGGGAACCCUCCUGCGACAUGGCUGCUGCUUAACAACAACGACAACAAGAAGAUAUAGGCCUUGAUCCAGCUAGAGAAUCAUAUCAUCAGUGAUUAAUAAUACUAUACUAGUAGUACAUAUAUAUAUAUAUAUGUACAUGCUUGUCGUCUCUAGCUUAGCUAUAUUAUAGAUCUACCGUCGCGUCCCUUCAUCAUCGAUCCUAGUACCAUGUAUGUACAGCUAGCUGGUUAAUUACUAGUCACUACUGUUAGCUAGCUCUGCAGUCCUUCAUUCCUUCAUUCGCGCGCUGCUGUAUCACAUCCCAUCAUAUGUGUUCGUUGCAAUCGAA